AUGGAUGGCCGGCCCAUCACCAAGAUUCACAGAUCAGACCUCCUGAAUUUCACCUUUCCUCCGUCGAGCCGUCGGGAGCGUAAAGGGAUAACACUACCCAGUUCGAGGGAAGAAAACAAGAUUGUAAGAUGCGACGAAUGUAAGACGAUCACCGGCUCUUCGCCGACUGGGCGGCCGAGCAUUAGGCUCUACAAGUCACGAGUACAAGUCAGACCGGACAGUCGGCAAGGGCAAGAUUGGCAGAAGUAUCCAGCCGAGGUGUUCCUUGGUGCACAGCUACUGUCCCUCAUUGAGAGCUCGGUGAGUCGCAAGAUCGUGGUGCAUCAAAGCACCGGUGAGGACCCGACAUCCAGUCAGCAGCAGGGGAUUUUGGUAUGGGUGUUCAACCCGGACAUCUACUACUCGAGUAGCAGACGAGGCCCUACUGCCCAUCGAGCAAUGAAGAUCUUCUACAAGGAUCUGCCAGAUCCGGAAAAAUUCCUCGACGACCAUUCCAAUACCCAUGAAGAGCUUGUGGUCCCGGAGGACGACUACAAGGAAUUCAAAAAUGCGUUGGCCGAGAGCACGGACAUACUUCCCGAGGCUGCGCAGACGUUUCAGGACUGGACGAUCGGCUUGCUGGAUAGAUGGGAGAAGCAUGCGUCUGGAUCGGCACGAAUGGACGAGAACCCGCUCAACAAGAAAGUCGAGGACGGGUUCGAAUUGUUCAAAUUACCCGCGGGCAUGGCGGAACUAUAUCUCUGA